CUGACGUAAUUGGCGCGCUCUUCGGAAGGAAAAUGAAGAAAUGAUCCCUGUUUGAGGAUUUAUGCCGCGAGCUUGCGAUAUAGAUUAAUUAUUAUUUAUAGGUGGCGAAUGACAGGAGCUGCAGGGACUCUUCAGUUUCAUGCAGACAUGGCAACAACAACUCUUGAGUUCCCAUUUCCGUACGAGCCGUAUUCUAUCCAGAAAGAGUUUAUGGAGGCUUUGUACACCACCAUCGAUGAGGGGAAGAUUGGGAUUUUUGAGAGCCCUACUGGGACAGGCAAGUCUCUGAGCCUGAUCUGCGGAGCCCUCACCUGGCUGCGUGACCACGAGGAGAAGAAGAAGCAGGAGGCAGUGGGCCUUCUGGAGGAGAGCGCCGUCACCAUGGACAGCUCCUCCACCCAGCCCCCGCAGGAGCACUGUUCCUCCCCAGCCCUCUCGUCCUCCACAGAACCUGACUGGAUUGCGGACUUUGUGCAGAAGAAGGCAGAACGGGACCUGAUGGACAAACUGAAGGAGGAGGCGAUCAGGAGGAGGAAGAGGGAGGAGAGGAUGGAGCUGAUCAGACACAACGUGCAGCUUCAGUAUGCACUGAAGCACAAGAGUGACCAGGACCAGGAGGCGAGGCGUCUGCUGCGGCUCAGUGCCGAAAGCGGCGAGGUGGACGGGAAGGGGGCGGUGCUUGAUGACGGAGAAGAGGAGCUGAUCGUGGCCGACUACGAGAGUGACGAUGACGGCAAACCGAAGAACAGCGUUUGUGAUGAGGAGGAAGAUGAUUUGGAAGAAGACCAUGUGACUAAGAUAUACUACUGCAGCCGCACGCAUUCCCAGCUGGCCCAGUUUGUGCACGAGGUGCAGAAGAGCCCUUUCAGAGAAGAAGUCAGGGUGGUGUCCCUGGCCUCUCGGCAGAACCUGUGCAUCAACGAGGAGGUGCGACGACUAGGCAGCGUGCAACUCAUCAACGACCGUUGCAUGGAGAUGCAGAGGAACAAGCAUGGAAAAGUGGAGAAAUCCACGGAUUCGGAACCCAAGCGGAGACGGCGAGAGCCCAAGGCGGUGUGCCCCUUCUCCGGACACGAGGCGCUGCUGGGCCUGCGCGACGAGACCCUGGUCAAGGUCCGGGACGUUGAAGAAAUGGUGGUGCUAGGCAGGGAAACCAAGGCCUGUCCUUACUAUGGGGGCCGUCUGGCUGUGCCUGCCGCACAGCUCGUGGUACUGCCCUACCAGGUUCUGCUCCAUGAAGCUACGCGCCGAGCCUCGGGCAUCAAGCUCAAGGACCAAGUGGUCAUCAUCGAUGAGGCGCACAACCUCAUGGACACCAUUGCCUGCAUCCACAGUUCUGAGAUCAUGGGGACCCAGCUCUGCUGUGCCCAUUCCCAGAUGACCCAGUACAUGGAACGGUACAGGAAUCGCCUGAAAGCCAAGAACCUCAUGUACGUCAAACAGAUCCUGUUUGUGCUGGAGGGUUUGGUCCACGUGCUUGGGGGCAGAGUUGAUCAGAAUCCACAUAGCCAGGUGACCCAGGCAGGAACAGAGAUGCUGACAAUCAAUAACUUCCUCUUCAGAGCACAGAUUGAUAAUAUUAACCUCUUCAAGGUGCAGAGAUACUUUGAGAAGAGCUUGAUCAGCAGGAAGCUGCAUGGAUUUGUGGAGAAAUACCAGGGAACAGGUGUGGCGGCAAGCGUAUCCAAGAAGGAGAACCAGCGGACGGAGGGCCUGGGCCGCUUUCUGCAGUCCCUCCAGACUGGCCAGCAGGCACACGCAGUACCCAUUCCAGAUCAGAAGGUGGCAGAAGAUGACAAACAGAGCAGUGUUGUCUGUCCCAUGAUACAGGUUGAGGGUUUCCUCUCAGCUCUCACCAAUGCCAACAAAGAUGGACGACUCGUAAUCCAGAGGCAAGGGACGCUGGCCCAGGGCAGCCUCAGAUUCCUGCUGCUCAACCCUGCCAUCCACUUUGCCCCUGUGCUGAAGGAGUGCAAGGCCAUUAUCAUCGCGGGGGGAACCAUGCAGCCGAUAGCCGACUUCAAGGAGCAGCUGCUGCUGUCGGCCGGUGUCAGCGAGGAGCGUGUCUCUCAGUUCUCCUGCGGUCAUGUGAUUCCCCCGCAGAACAUCCUACCCAUAGUCCUGUGCAGCGGACCCUCUGGUCAGGAGCUGGAAUUCACCUUCCAGAACCGGGAAACGCCACGGAUGAUGGACGAGACUGGCCGCGUGCUGUCCAACCUGUGCAACGUGGUGCCGGGAGGCCUGGUGUGCUUCUUCCCCUCCUAUGAGUAUGAGCGCAGGGUUCUGGCCCACUGGAACAGCACUGGCGUUCUGGCCCGGCUGGCCGCCAGAAAAAAGAUCUUCCAGGAGCCCAGGAAGGCCAGCCAGGUGGAGCAGGUGCUGAAGGAGUACUCCAGAUGCAUCCAGGACGGCAGGCAGUCGGGUGCCAUUCUGUCCGGGGCUCUGCUCUUUUCUGUGGUGGGGGGCAAGAUGAGCGAAGGCAUCAACUUCUCCGAUGAGUUGGGCAGAUGUGUUGUCUUGGUGGGAAUGCCGUACCCCAACAUCAAAUCUCCAGAGCUCCAGGAGAAGAUGGCCUACUUGGACAAGCACAUGCCCCACGGUGGACAGAGCCCCGGCAAGGCACUAGUUGAAAACCUCUGCAUGAAGGCUGUCAACCAGUCCAUUGGAAGGGCUAUCCGUCACCGUGGUGACUAUGCCUGCAUCGUGCUGCUAGAUCGACGCUAUUCCCGGCCUGGCACCCUCCAGAAGCUGCCGGAGUGGAUCAGGAUCCGCACCCAGGUCCAGCCCACAUUUGGACCCGCUUUUGGUGGCAUCAGGAAGUUCUUCAUGGAGAAAAAGCAGCAGCAGCAGUAGUAGGGAAAGCAACCCUAUGACCCCAGCAGAUGGCGGAUGGGAGGUUCUGGGUAAAAAAGCCACAGCGAUACCAUGGAAGAGAGAAUGCUGUUGUUUAUUGUUCUGGCAAAGGGCCAGAACUGCUGUCUUAAAUAACCCCAUUUAUGUCAUUGUUUUUAAAGUGGUUCUGUUGAGUAGGAUUAAUUUAUAAAAAUGUUCAUAUUGUUCUGUUAUAUUUAAGUCUAUAAUCCAUUUAUGUUUAACAGAUAUAUGCAAAUUAUUGCUUCUUCUUUUGCCUUUAGUAAUACACAAAAAAUGUACAAGUAAUUCAGUUACUGUUGAAUUUUCAUUAAAAACACAUGCUCAUG